AUGUCGGGAACUCAGCCAGUUGCGCUCUACGCGGCCAAGGUACCUCCAGGUGCCCUGGUGCCUGCUGUUCCCGAUGCCGCUGCUAUGUUCCGUGUGACCAUGGCUGCAAUUGAUCCCGACGCGGUGCCGGAGUAUGAGGAUGAGGCCCAGGCCAACAAGGCCCCUCGAGCUACCUUGAAGAUCAUCCGCCCUCCUCCUGGUCUCGACUAUGACGAUGAGGACGACGAGGACGACGAAGAUGAUGAUGACUCCGACGAUGAGACCAAUGGUGGCCCAAGUGACCCCGCUAGAAAGAGGAAGGCCAUGCUAGAGGCUGCUCUGAAGGAUAUGGACGAUGGCAUGGAGGAAGACGAUGAUGAUGACGACGAGGAGGGAGAUACAGACCUUGCUGCUGCUAUUUCUAAACUAGUCAAAGGCAAGGGUAAGGCCUUGGAUGAUGAGGAUGAUAGCGACAGUGAUGAGGAUUUGGAGCUCGAUGAAGUUGUUGUCUGCACACUUGACCCAGAGCGCAACUGCCAGCAAACUUUGGACUUCGUGGUUGGUGAGGGUGAACGUGUCUUUUUCAAGGUCACCGGCACUCACACUGUGUACGUCACCGGAAACUAUGUCACUCCUCUUGAAAACAUGUAUGACAGUGAUGAUGAGGAUGAUGAGGACGAGGACGAAGAUGACUAUGAUCUCUCUCCUGAUGAAGAUGAGCUAGCUGCCCUCGUAGGUGAUGAUGAUGAGAGUGAUGAGCUAGAUGACAUUGCCAACCCAAGGGUUAUGGAGAUCGACACCGACGAGGAGGAAGAAGUCAAAGCUCAGCCCCAGACUAAGCAAUCUAAGAAAGAGAAGAAGGGGAAGAAGCGCCCUGCAGAUGAUUCCGAUGAGGAGCCAAACUUGGAUGACAUGAUCUCCAAGACCCUGAAGGACGAGCCAGCAACCAAUGGAGAGGCCAAGUUGAGCAAGAAGCAGAUGAAGAAGCUCAAGAAGAAUAACGGUGAAGCCGCUGAGGCUGAGGCUGCUAAGGCCAGCGCCAAGUCCGACAAGAAAGUGCAAUUCGCUAAGGAACUUGAACAAGGCCCUACCCCAUCCAAGGCUGCUCAGACUGGCACCCUUGGUGUGAAGCAGGUACAAGGAGUCACCGUUGAUGAUAAGAAGCUUGGCACAGGCAAGCAGGUCAAGAAGGGUGACCGAAUUGGGAUGAGAUAUAUUGGAAAGCUCGAGAAUGGCAAAGUCUUCGACUCCAAUAAAUCCGGAAAGCCUUUCUCUUUCAAGGUUGGAACGGGCGAAGUGAUCAAGGGUUGGGACAUUGGUAUCCCUGGAAUGGCUGUCGGCGGCGAGCGAAGACUCACCAUCCCAGCUCAUCUUGCAUACGGGAAGCAGUCUCUCCCUGGAAUUCCUGCCAAUUCUAAACUUAUCUUCGACGUGAAGCUCCUGAACAUCAAGUAA